CUCUUCCGUCCCUACCAACUUCUGUGUAGUCAUCACAGUCUCGAACUAGGCGUACUGCAGCUCAACUUAAAGCGGCAGAUCCGGCCAGCGCUCCCACGCCAUUCUCCUCCAUCUUCCUCUGACUCGAGCUCCGCCGCGGAUUCCAUCCCAAACUACUCCAGGAUCCGCUCUCGAGGAUCGACAUGGAUAGGGAAGCCAAGAAAGAAGGCUUCAGGAAGUAUCUUGAAUCCAGCGGUGUGCUCGAUACUCUAACGAAAGUUCUUGUUGCAUUGUAUGAGGAGAACGACAAACCAUCAUCUGCAGUCGAGUUUGUUCAGCAGAAAUUGGGUGGUCCUUCUAUUUCUGACUAUGAAAAGCUGAAAGCUGAGAAGCUGGAUUUGCAAUUGAAGUAUAAUGAGCUCUUAGAGACUCAAAAGGAAACAAGUAGACAGUUGGAGGAACUUAAGAACUUGAAGAUUGACGCACCUUGGAAUUAAUGGAACCAACCAGUGUUGACAUAAUAGGUGUCACGAAGCAAGUAUAUAUGCCCUCUUUGCUAUGUAUCAUCAAGUUCUAUAAAAAAGAAACAUUUCUUGGUAAUGCAUUUUACUCUCAUUAAUCCCUUUGGAUGCCAUGCAUGAUCCACUCCACCUCGAACAGGUCAGAAAUACCAAUACUUCAUGGGUGAAGCUGAACUUGGGCACUACUAUGAUUCAUACCGAAAAGCCCAUCCACUCCAAAGUGCAAAAUUUGGUCUGUUGUAAAGCAAUGUUGUUGUUGGUGUGGUUUUGUAACAUCAGAAACUUUUAUCUCCAGUGUUCUUGUUGAUUUGCAAGA